AUGUCCAUGUUGCCGUGCCGUGUGUUGUGUCUGUUGGCCAUUGUGCUUUGCUGUGUGGGUGUGGCUCAUGCUGCUGCUGCUUCGGGAGAAAACGUGGGACGAUUUGAUAAUACUGAAGUACAUGAGCAGGUGGAAAAGAUCAAGAAACUGAAGGCGGAGUGCGAGGAAGUCGGCGAAGCUGCUCGGAAUGCCGCGCAUGAAGCUCAACGAUUUGUUGAUACCACUAAGAAAAACCUCAAAACAAUUGCUGCUGUCCCAGAAGAGGUGGAGGAAACGAAGAUUAAAGGUGAUGAACUCUCUGAAAAGGCAAUGAAGGCUGCAGAGAAAGCAGAAGAAUUGGCCAAACGAACGAGAGAAAGUGCAACUCAAAUUGAAGACAUAGUCAGGUUACUUCAAGGAGAAGAAACGUUUGGUGCACGGGAAGCGAUGAUAGUGGCAUACAAAGCGGCAGAUGAUGCUUUCAAACAUGCCGAAGAUGCGACAAUUUGUGCUUAUGAUGUGAAGGAUGUCCUGCAGAAACUCGAAGCCGCAGUUGCUGCUGCCGUAGAGAAGGAGGAAGAAAAACAGGUGGAGCCGCAGACACAGCCACAGGAACAGACAAAUGAAACAUCUCUUCUACCCACGAAUGCUACAAUAACGAAUGGCACCAAACGAAAUGACGGCAGCAGCAGCCCUGCGUUACUGCGUGUUCCACUCCUGCUGCUGCUG